AUGUCUUACUGGCGGCAACCAACUAUUGGCAGUCAUCUCAGUGGGUUCACACGCGGUGCAGACCCAGCCAUAGUCCAACUACUUCUAGAGAAUGGAGCAGACCCCAACAUCAAGAAGCCCAGAUCCACAGUUUGCCCCAAAGGGUCGGCAAUCAGUAUCUGGGUACUCCAAAGACACGACCAGGCCACUAAGGUCAUGACUGCCUAG